CACGCGGGUCCACAUAUCUAUGAGCACUACCACCACCCGCUUCGCCCACUCUCUUCGUGCAGGAACAUUCAGACCUGCUAAUCGCUCGGCUCCAUCAUACAACUCUACGCUCUUUUUUCGCAUUAAUGCAUCUGGUCCGUCGAAGUCCAGGUUCUCUCGCGCCGAGUCAUCCGCCUUUGCCCGAUCCUUCCAUGCAUCGCACGCUGUGCAUGACUUCCAUUUCGACACCCACCACUUCGUGCAGCGGCUCGAGCGCGAAGGUCUCAACCGUGCGCAAGCAGAAGGCAUAAUGGGUGCCAUGGCAGAGGUCAUCGAUGAGAGCAUCCGGAACAUGACAAGCAACAUGGUCACGAAAGCUCAACAGGAGAAGCAUCAAUACACCCAACAAGUCGAUUUCGCACAGCUGAAAUCCGAGCUGCAGCUUAUUGAGAAGAAUGACCUCGCUUCUUUGAAGUCUGAUAAUGACCGCUUGGUUGCGGAUAUGGAGAAGCUGAAGCAGCGACUGCGUGAGGAGAUCACGCGUACGCAGGCUGGCGUUCGACUGGAUCUUAAUUUGGAGAAGGGACGGAUGCGGGAUGAGAGCAGCGGGCAGGAGCUCAAGAUCAAGGAGGUGGAUGCGAGAAUCGAACAGGAGAUUGCGAACUUGAGGACGACGAUUCAGCAAUCGAAGGCAACGACGCUGCAGUAUCUUGUUGGAUUCGUGACUGGUUGUUCUGCGCUUCUAAUGGCAUACCUGAGAUUCAGAGUAUAGAGCUUUGCAUCAUGCAUCGAUGUCAUUCGUUACAUUUGAACUCGGAAGGCCCUUCGAUCGUAUCAUGAUCUAAUUUAUUAUCGCUCUUACAUAAUUGUACAACUCUGAGUAGAUACUACGUCAUAUAUAGAUUCACAUUAACAGGCGCCAAAGACAUACAUCAGUGAAUUCAGGAGUCCUUGAUAUUGUAGUCGUGUGAGUUAUAGAAGGAUAUAAUUAUGCUUCAACUAAAUAUGUCAAUUUAUACUACAAGAUAUUUGAGUCGUCAAUACAUAGGC